AUGUUAUACUACGCGGUCCACCCCAGCGAACUGCGGUCAAUGAUCCAAUGGUAUUCUUCUGACAAUGCGCGCAGGAAAGUGUGGCACAACCCCGUUCACGAGCGCGAUGAGUCCAAGGAGACGGAGAGUCUCAAGCGAUGCUUCUUCUUCCUCGAGAAGACGAGCCGGAGUUUUUCCGCUGUCAUCCUGGAGCUGCACCCCGAGCUUCUCGUGCCCGUAGCGCUCUUUUACCUCAUCCUGCGCGGUCUCGACACGGUGGAGGACGACAUGACGAUACCGUUGGAGAAGAAGGAGCCAAUCCUGCGGGAUUUCCAGAACCUCCUGGAGCAGGAUGGCUGGACAUUUAACGAUAACGGCCCGAAUGAGAAGGACAGGCAGCUACUUGUCGAGUUCAAUGUUGUGAUUGAGGAAUUCAAGAAGAUCAAGCCGGCGUACCGGGACAUCAUCAAGGACAUCACGAAGCGCAUGGGCAACGGCAUGGCAGACUAUGCGAACAACGCCGAGCACAACACGAACGGAGUCAACACCCUCAAGGAUUACGAACUCUAUUGCCAUUACGUCGCUGGUCUCGUGGGCGAGGGCCUGACGCGAUUGUUUGUUGAGGCUGGUCUUGCCAACGAAGCCCUGCUCAGGAAGCCAGAGCUCAUGGAAUCCAUGGGCCAGUUCCUCCAGCAGGUAAACAUCACCCGCGACAUCAAAGAAGACUUGGACGACGGACGACGAUUCUGGCCACGCGAGAUCUGGUCCAAGCAUGUUGACAAUUUCGAGGACAUGUUCAAGCCCGAGAACAAGGAGAAGGCACUUGCGGCGAGUUCAGAGAUGAUCCUCACAGCCCUGACCCGGGCGGACGACUGUCUCUACUACCUCGCAGGUCUCAGAGAGCAGAGUGUCUUCAACUUUUGCGCCAUCCCACAGUCCAUGGCUAUCGCUACUCUAGAAGUCUGCUUCCAAAACUACGCCAUAUUCCAGAAGAACGUCAAGAUCACCAAGGGAGAGGCGUGUCAACUCAUGAUCGAGUCAACACAGAAUUUGGAACUGGUGUGCCAGGUUUUCAAGAAAUACACGCGAAAGAUCCAUCAGAAGAACAACCCAAAUGAUCCGAAUUUCCUGAAGAUCAGCAUUGCUCUAGGCAGGAUAGAACAGUUCAUCGAGUCCAUCUUCCCAUCACAGAAGCCGCCUGCCAAGGAGACGCCCGCAAGUGCCGAGGAAGCUGCGAAGAAGAAGAAGGAAGACGAGGAGGCAAAGUGGGAUCUGAUCUACAUGAUAUCGGCGGUGCUGCUAACUGUCGGCGUUAUUUCGUUCUUCAUGCUUUUUGUCGCAUACCUGGCGGGUGCUCGCUUCGACAUUGCUUACUAUCAGGCCAAAGAACAGUUCGGACAGCUCCUCGGCUGGGGCGCGUCGAAUGCCACGAAGAUUGCGGAGGUCACAAAGGUUGUGGAGGCAGCUCCGGGCCACAGCGAGCUCUAA